CAGACACCGCAAAAUAAAAACGUUAAGUACAUCCUAGCUGGGAGGAGACGGAAGCCUCCAGGCUCAAUCAAAGGUUUGCAAUAAUAGGACUCAUAAAAAAAAAAAAAAAAAAAGACAGAUGGGAUUAGAAAAUGUUGCAGUGAAGACUGGAAUGAGAUGAGCUCACAGCCCCAGCCUGUCUUUUGUGGACCUACACAAUGAUCCGAGAGCCAGACUGGAUUAGGAAACCUCGCGACUAGGGGUCCAGAGACAGGCUGCCGGUUCCCAGACACUUGGGGGAGAGAAGGCUGAAACGAUGCAUCAGAUUUACAGCUGCAGCGAUGAAAAUAUAGAAGUUUUCACCACCGUGAUUCCUUCCAAGGUGUCCAGUCCAGCCAGGAGAAGAGUCAAAAGCUCUCAACACCUCUUGACCAAGAAUGUGGUGAUCGAGUCGGACCUCUACACGUCCCGGCCCCUGGAGCUGCUGCCGCACCGUAGCGACCGUCGGGACGCAGGCGAAGGCCGCAGGUUCGGGAGGCUGCAAAACGCUCGGCCUCCCGGGGCGCAUCCAGCCAAAACCCCCUCCAGACCUGUGGGGAUUUCUGAACCCAAAGCAUCAAAUCUGUGUGGGAAUCGAGCAUAUGGAAAAUCACUGAUUCCUCCAGUGGCCCGGAUCUCAGUGAAAUCUCCAGCUGCAGCAGAGGUGGUAGCCACAGGCUCAGAGAAUGGAACUGUUCUAGGAAGAGGAUCCAGACAUCUCAAGAAGAUGACGGAAGAGUAUCCAACUCUCCCUCAGGGUGCGGAGGCUUCCCUGCCACUGACAGGCAGUGCUUCCUGUGGUGUCCCUGGCAUCCUCCGAAAAAUGUGGACCAGGCACAAGAAGAAGUCUGAAUAUGUGGGAGCCACCAACAGCGCCUUCGAGGCCGACUAAAGGUGACCCUUCCCAGGUGCCUUGCACUGGCUGAGGUUCACAGGACAAGGGAAGAAAACUUGAGGAUUGGGACUGAGCCACACUCACCAGUACUAGUAGCUGGUCCGAACAUCAUUCUCCCUCACUAACUGAUCACCCCAGCUUUGGGCAUGGAAAAGGAACAGUCCCUUGAAGGAAAAAUAAAACUGUUGGUCUGAAAGUUACUUUGGGAGGUCAAAAAGUUUAUUUCCCUAUCCUUAGGCAUAACUAUACCAAAAGCAAACGUUGCCAGCCCAUUUUAAAGAACAACAAGGGAGAACAAAGGCAAUUCCUCUGUUUUCCUUGUGGGCUUUUCCAAAAUGUAUAAUUUCUGACAUGAAUGUAAAAGCUUGACAUUUGAGGGGUUUGUAAACCCCAUGGUUCUCACUAUUCUCAUUUCAUGUUUAUUUCACCUUGAUGAGGUACAAAUUUUAAGGACAAAGCACUAGGUAUUUACUGAAUAGUUCUAAUAUCUACUUGACAGUGUCAUCAAAAUCAGUUCUGAUGGUCAUUUGGCAUGAUUGCAUGAAUUCUCUGUUCUUUUAUGUGCAGUUUUUCUAUAGAAAAAGAUUAAAAUUAAAUGUUAAUGUUUUCUUAAGUGGCAUAAUCUAGUAGAAUUAACAAUACCUUGAUUUGGUACAACGAUUUUUAACUUUCAAAAGUGCUUUCCCAGCCAUUAUCUCUUCUUAUCAUCACAAAGCCCCACUUGAAAAAAAAAAAAAAAAAAAAACACAAUUAUUCCCAAUCUAUAGAUAGGGAAAUUGAGGUUCCAGAGGUUAUGUGAAUAGACACAAGAUAGUGGGAUUAGUCAUCAAGUCCUCAACUUCCCUCAGCAGAUUCCCUGCUGUGCUUACACUAGCAACUGAUUUGAGGAACUUUUUAAAUGGUGGGCAUAUGUCUCUGGGGACAACCAUGAAGCAAAGAGUCUGAUAAAGUUAGAACAUAUAAGUGAUUUGAAUGAAUUAGACCAUUGCAUAUUAGUCUAGAGGUCAAAAGGAGUCAAAUACCCAUUGCAUAUGGUUUGACCUAAUAUAUAAUAUUAUGCUGUCCUCUGUCAAUGGAAAUGUCAUUAUCAAUUCCAUUUUCAACAUCAGUAGCCUUAAAAUUAUCCCAUAAUAAUAAUGGUAAUAAUAAUUAUCAUUUAUUAAAUGCCUACUGUGUGCCAGGCAUGAUACUGAGCACUUUACACAAAUUAUCCUAAUCUUUCCAACAGCUGAGUUAGGUGGCUUUAUCCAUUUAUAUAUAGACACCAGUUCAAAAAGACUAAAUGAUUAGUCUGAAGGCACCUAAGAUACAUAGGUGUCAGGCUUCAAUGCCUCCUUCACAUGAAAGAGUUCAGUACAUAGAGAAGGACUAGGGUUAGUAAUGAAUUUUUGUCUCAAGCAUUAAAACUAAUGGAUUGGUAGAGGCUGUCUGGAGUGCUAUAUGGAGGAGGGAUCUGAGCUAAAAGAGUGCAGUGAUUGAUGAGUAAUGCCUUGCCUGUGAAGGGGAUUAGUGACAGGCCUUGAAUAGACCUCAUCUGUGACCUGAACUCUGACUCCAGAAGGCUUGUUUUCUAAUUAAGAGGUUUAAAUUAGUUCAACCUAUUUAAUGAAAUCAGAAAUUCUGUGGUAAAAUUUAGCCUGUGACUGUGUUAGAAAUUGCCAUGUCUUGGUACAAAGUAGAGUUUGACCAUUCAACAUCUCAGACUCAACUGACAUUUCUGACUGCUUCACUGUGGUAUGUCUUGCUUUGUGCUCUUUGAAUUUCCUGUUUCUGUAUCUCUGGGUAAAUUACAAGAAGGUGUGGUGGUGGGUAAGAGGCCUGGGCUUCUGAGCUUUCACCUUGCUGAUCUCUGCCUUCAGACACUGUGCUAGACUCUGAGCACCUGACCCCAGCAUCCAAACAUGAUUUGGAAACUUGUGUUCAAGGGCUUUUUCACUGAGGGGCUAAUCCCAAUGAACUAUCCAGUGUCUUACACAGCAUAGAAAUUGGGGUCCAGAACAAAGGGAACAAAGAGGUGAUCUUGCUGGACCACACAGUCUCCUACAACUAUUUAUUUUAACUUAUUUAAUUUAUAACUGAUGUCUUUUAUUUGUAUGUGGCAGCUGAAGAUCUAUGUAGGAUGGAAUGAACUUAUUUAUUUUUAAUUUAAAUAUUUCAUGGUGAAGUAUUUGCCUUGUAUAGAACAUUUGGCAAAUUCAAAUAAAAAUAAAGUGUGCUUUGUGACAUUAAUAAACCACCAGAAGAGUGUGUCUAAGACUCCCUCAUUGAACAAGAGGAAGAUUUUUUACAAAGGGAAAGACUUAUGGAUCU